AUGGAACAAAUGAAAUCUUAUUCUAUUCAACUCUCCCAAGAACUGGCCGAGACCACAAGUGCACGCGAUACCUUGUUGCUUCAAUUGACGCAGGAAAGACCUUCUGAAUCACAUCCUUUGAUUCAACAGUAUGCUCAGCAAAUCCAGACUCUGAGACUUGAGGUUGCUGAAACGCGUAGCAAACUCAAUUCAUUCUGUACUGAAGAAGAGGAAGACAGGUAUCUUCGCUCACGCCAUUCCAUGAUGACUUCUAUUUCUUCUAGUCGAAAGAAAAGACCUGUUAUUCAACGUAUGAGAACUUCUUCUUCUUCUCUUUUGAAAAAGAAGAAGAGCCAACACGUAGAUCACCUUAUUGACUUGUUACGUAAAGAAUACAUGGAAGAGUCAACAGAUGAAACAGUAUUACAUUUAUCACAUGCUCCAGUAAUGGAAGAAAAGACUGAAUUGGAAGACAAGACUGAAAUGGAAGAUACCUUUUCCAAUCAUCAGUUCUUAUCUAUGGCUUCCCCUUCAGCUGGUCCGCUUGCUGAACCCAAUUCAUUUGAAGAUGACGAAUUAGAAGCUCUGGCUGUUCCUUCUUGGUCAGAUGCACCCAAAGCUCAAUCUGUGAGCGGCGGUUCUACAAAGCGAAAGUCCAUCUCAUUGGAUUCUAUGUGGGACGAUACGGAUAGCUCAAUUACGACUUCACGUGUGGACUCUGUUGUACUGGGUAACUCAUCCGAAAGUCACAGUAAUAGGCCCAAGCCAAGCACAAGCAACACUAAAUUGAAACGACAAGGCAAGAAUCUCCUCAAGAUGCUACACCAAAUCCAAGCUGACUUACUUGUCAAACGGGAAUUGGUGGGUCAACUUGAACGCUCUGAAGAUCAAUUUGCUCAAAUGCGUGUUAAUUAUGAAGAACGUCUGAAUGAACUCAAAGAACACCUUGUCGAGAUCCAAAAGCAACGUGAUACUGCUCUUAAAAAGGGACAUAGUAACACGACCACUACAGUGACUUCUACUCUUAACACCACCACCGCUCGACCUCAGAGUGUAAUGGGUGGUUUGCGUGAAAACAGAGAAGCACAAGAAGUUCGCUUUCAGUUUGAAGUGAAAGUGAAGCGCUUGAUGGUAGAAAAUCAAGAGUUGAAGAAGAAAAACCAAGAAGCUACUAAAGCCGUUCAGACGGCACGUAGCAAAGCGGAAUCUGCUAUGCAACGCUUGAAAUCAGAAAUUGAGUCACUCAAGUUAGAUAAGAAGCAAUUGAACCGUACGCUCAAAACAGAGAUGGACAAGGCACGUGAUGCAGCUAUCACGUACGAAAGGGAAGUUCAGCAAUUGAAAAGAAGACUGGUUGUUGCGCUUGAUUCCAAAAAGAAAUUGGAGGAAACGACCGAAGCACAGAAUCAAGUGUUGAAGAAGCGAACAGAAGAAACUGCAGCCGCUAGUUUGCAGAUGAGACAGCUGACAAACGUAUUGAGAAAAGCAGCUAAUGAAGGUACCUUUUUGAAUGAAGCAGCUUUGGAUAGGAUCAUGGAAUUGGCUCAGAUUUCAAAGAGCAAUAUUCGUACGACAAAGCAAACAAGAGGUCGUGCUUCUUCGUUUGCGAGCGAACCAAGCAUAUAA